AACCGGGACUCUAGUUCGACUGAGCGACUCUAGAAGGCCCAAGGGUAUUCUAUACUUUCAGUAGCAAAGGCGUGAACUUUCUAGUGAACAAGAUUGGACCGUUCGCAAAACUUGAAACCACCAUUAAUACAUAUCUCAACCUACAAAGCUUAUAUAAGUCUAGCCCAUGCGAGUGCAUACCAAUUGCCAUCCCGUCGCCAAUAACGCUGAGCUUCUCUAUUAACGCCGCCCCCUCACUCCAAAAAAAAAAAAAAAUGGCUCUCGAGGUAGCUGUCAAGGCUGCCGAUGAUGCACCUGAUAUUCUUGGAGACUGCCCGUUUUCCCAGAGAGUCCUUUUAACUUUGGAGGAGAAGAAAAUCCCGUACAAGUUGCACCUCAUCAAUUUAAAUGGCAAACCCCAAUGGUUUUUAGAGGUGAACCCGGAAGGGAAGGUGCCGAUCAUGAAGUUCGAUGACAAAUGGGUGUCUAACUCUGAUGAUAUUGUCGGGAUUCUCGAGGAGCGGUACCCUGAACCCUCUCUCACUACUCCUCCUGAAUUCGCUUCUGUGGGAUCGAAGAUUUUUGAGGCCUUUGUGAAAUUCUUAAAGAGCAAGGAUCCCAAUGACGGAUCAGAACAGGCUUUGCUUAAUGAAUUGAAAGCAUUGGAUGAACACCUCAAGGCACAUGGGCCAUAUGUUGCAGGUGAGAAGAUAACUGCUGUUGAUUUGAGUUUGGCACCGAAGCUGUUCCACCUCGAGGUGGCUCUCGGUCAUUUCAAGAACUGGACUGUCCCUGAAAGCUUAACUCAUUUCCAUAACUACAAGAAGUUGCUUUCCUCUCGGGACUCUUUUCAGAAAACCAAGCCUGCAAAAGAAUCUGUAAUUGCUGGAUGGAAGCCGAAGGUAAUUAAUGCAUAAAACGGUUGUAAAUAAUAAAAGUCCUUUCGAGCUUCAGAUAUGAACUGUGGUUGAGACUUGAGAACCUUAGACCAAAAAAGACAUGGGUUUGUUCCCAUGAUAUCCAAUAAAUGCAUUCUUGCGGCCUGUAUAUGCGAGCUAUGCAAUCAGUAGUUUAUCUAGUAAUGA